GUCUAUCACCUCCACUCACACGCAGACUCCUACUCUCAGUUUUCCCUCUUCUCUCUCUCUCUCUCUACUGAAAAGGAUGCUCCUCAAAACUGCUCCUGCUUUUGGCUUGUUGAAUUCCCAUGGGGAGAAUCUGGGAGCUCUGUUUUCCUCUGCCUCUUCACCUCCUUCUUUGCUUUCACUGAAGAAUUUUGAGGGAAGAAAUGGCGUGGUCUGUGCUGCGAAGCACACCAACAGCAAGCCCUUGACCGGCGUUGUUUUCGAGCCAUUUGAAGAAGUGAAGAAGGAGCUCUUGCUCGUGCCCAGUGUCCCUCAGGAUUCGCUUGCUCGCCAUAAGUUCGCCGAUGAGUCUGAGGCCGCUAUCAACGAACAAAUCAACGUUGAGUACAAUGUCUCGUAUGUGUACCAUGCCAUGUUUGCCUACUUUGAUAGAGAUAACGUUGCUCUCAAGGGCCUUGCGAUGUUUUUCAAGGAGUCAAGUUUAGAAGAAAGAGAGCACGCUGAAAAAUUGAUGGAAUACCAGAACAAGCGAGGUGGAAAAGUUAAGCUCCAGUCUAUUCUGAUGCCACUUUCCGAGUUCGAUCAUGCUGAAAAAGGAGAUGCAUUAUAUGCUAUGGAGCUGGCAUUGUCUUUAGAGAAGUUGACAAACGAGAAGCUUCUAAAUUUGCAUGCGAUAGCCUCCCGAAACAAUGAUGUGCAGCUGACUGAUUUUAUCGAGAGCGAGUUUUUGGCUGAACAGGUGGAAUCUAUCAAGAAGAUAUCAGAAUAUGUUGCACAGCUGAGGAGAGUGGGUAAAGGCCACGGCGUUUGGCACUUCGAUCAGAUGCUCCUCAGGGAAGAGGCAAUCGUUGCUUGAAACGGUUCUUGAUCUGUGCUUGCCCUUUUGAAGGGCAUUCUGUGCGUCCCCCCACUUUAGAUUUGUAAUUUGCUUUUUGCCAGUUGAUGAGGAUGGUGUUGGGGUUGGGGGGUUAUGUGGAAGGUGCAGAUGAGACUAGUUAUGGUGGGUUGUGGAAUGGUUGGUAGCAGUAUGAAAUGCGCUUUAGAAAUUUAGCAUAUUUUCGUCCGUACGCAACUUGACUUUUACAUCUGAUGCCGUUGAAUAGUGCCCAUUAUACCUUUUCACUUUGUUUCUUUGGUGGGGUUUCUUGUCGCUGGCCGCUGCAGGUUUGGUCAACUGGCCUUUCCGGCGCACUGUGUUUCGAUGAAAAUGGUUAAGAAAAUUUAUGGAAGUAAUAUGAGAAUGAUCUGAAAAAUAAAA